AUGACAAGCUGUCAAAGCUUAGGGUUUCUGGAUUCAUGGCCGCACCUGGGUGUAGGGCUUUUGGGGUGUAUUGGGGUUGGCGGUCAGCUCAGCGCCUCGGCGCCACGCAGAUCAGUUGAGAUUCUCGGCACGUCUCGGCGCUCCCGGGGCCACGGCCCGAUGGGCUGCGUGGCCUCCAAGGACCUCCAGGCCGACAAGGAGGUUGUCUUGGCAGCCGUGAAGAAGAACGGCGAAGCCUUGAGACGCGUCUCUACGGAAUUUCGGGCCGACAAGGAGGUCGUCUUGAAGGCCGUGAAGCAGAACGGCUUCGCCUUGAGAUACGCCUCCAAGGACCUCCAGGCCGACAAGAAGGUCGUCUUGGGGGCCGUGAAGAGGUAUGGUGGAGCCUUGAGAGAGGCCUCCGAGGAUGUCAAGGCCGACAAGACGGUCGUCUUGAAGGCCGUGAAGCAGAACGGCAAAGCCUUGUCUUACGCCUCCGAGGACCUCCAAGCCGACAAGGAGGUUGUCUUGAAGGCCGUGAAGAAGAACGGCAACGCCUUGAGAUUCGCGUCCGAGGACCUCCGGGCCGAUAAGAAGGUCGUCUUGGAGGCCGUGAAGAAGAACGGCGCAAUCUUGAAACUCGCCUCAGAGGACCUGCGCGGCGACCGAGGCUUUGUGCUGCAGCUCGUGGAGGCCACCAAGGCCUGCUGGCUCUGCGAGUUCGCCUCGGAGGAGCUCCGAAAGGAUGCGAGGUUCAAGCAGCAGUGCCGAAAGACAGCGGGCACGGGCCUAGUCUGGACCUACUACGACAACUACGACAUGUUCGGCACCAUGAGAAGCUGCUUCUCGACUAGCGGGGCGUCGAUACCGGGCGGAGACGCGUACGGCGCAGUCAUGGACCAGCUGAAAUUGGCCACGCAGCACGGUGGCAGUGCCACGGUCUGGUUUGGCGAUACCCCUGUAUGGGGCUUUGCAACUGGGGAGGGGCAUGACAGGUGGGUGCACCCGCCGGAAGAGUGCGGCCGGGACAACGUCCCAGUGCCAGCUGUUGAGGGCCGCAGUCGGAUGUGGAACGGCGUGGUGGAAUCAAGAUCAUCCCGGAUGCAGCCAGAGAUAGGCAGCCGGCACCCUUGCUGGUGUUGCCACUGGCUGCGAGAAGUCAAACGGCAACACGACGAGGGGAAGGUGAUCUGCUGUGCCGUCUCAAACAUUUUCCAACCGGAGUGGGUGCGUACUUACGGUGCGGGCUCUUCAGAGCUUUCCGACGCCCGCGCCGAAGAGUUCAACCUGACCAAGGAGACCUUCCGGAAUGGCCGGCCCGAAGGAUGGGGCCAAGGCACGAUUGAGAUCGACCAUGUUGUGCGUACUUUUGGGUACGCCCGCGAAGCCCCAGUUCAUGAGUGGACGAAACUACCGCUGGGCGAGGGCUGUCGUUGGGAGCGGCAGACCCUGGACAAAAUGAAUUUUCCGGUUUAUGCAUUCUUUAUGCCUUGA